CCAAAUUCUAGCGUAGUCUGCUAUCUUUCUUACCUGUUUUCUCGGAAACAUUCUGCUCAUCAACCACUUGUGCAGAUUUUGUUGUCUGUCGAAGAAACUUUUACUUUUUUUUGUUACCAUUGCCUUAUAGCGUUGCGUUUUCGUCAAAUGGUUGACGACGAGAAGCCUUUCCCAUGCACCAGUCCUGGUUGCUCGAUGAGGUUCACGAAUGAAGAUCACUUGAGCAUACACAAGAGAAGACACAUGUCUUUAUCCAUUGAAUCAAGUAAUGGCUCAAAAACCUCUAACUUUGUGGCUGAUGAAACUCCAACCCCAACAAGAUUUAUCAGGAACUGUGAAGAAGUGGGACUUUUUCAAGAUUUGAAUGUUAAUCCUUUUGAUGAGCAAUUUAGAAGAGCAGCUGAGGUCACUACUCACCUAAGCCCUUCUACUCUUCCCUCAGCUGAUGAUGUUCUCCACACCCCUCAUGUCUUUCCUGUGCUUCCAACAGAACCAGAAGGAGUUACACAGUUACCACCACCAAAAUCAGCCAAUGUUAAAAAACAUUACCUUAUGCCAUCCCUUUCCACAUCAGAAUGUUUGACCCUUCCAUCUCCAACAACAACUCCCGUACCUACUCCAUUAAUUACUGUAACUCCUCCUACAUCUGAGAGAUUUGCCGACACAAGAGAAGAUAAGACGUUAUCCUCAUCGUCUGAUUACGACAAAACGAUUUCCAUCCCUUUAACUAGCUGCAGCCCAAGAAAAGAUCGAACCAAGAAAAGUAACAUCCACCAAAACAAUGGCAUUAAAACAACAACGAACCCUACCGUGAAUAUAAUGCCUCGCCCAGUUCUUCAGUCAUCAGCUGCUGCUAGUGAUCCAAUGACAGCGCUUCUUCUCCGUCUUCCCGAUGGACGGUUAGUCCAGAUUCCAGCUAUACCUGUUCCUACAGAAACAGACACUUCUAACUUAGGGGUGUCCUCCGCAGCGUCUCCGGUUGGCGUGGAAAACGGUGCUAAUAAAAUCCGUCCGAUGAGACCGAUCAUGUCGGAAACGAAAUUGAAAUUGAAACAAGCGUUAACGAAGACGAGGGCCCCCAUUCAGCCCUUAAAUGGCACUUCCACUUGUGGCACCAGUGACGCAAGCGGCACUGAUACAGAGCUUCUACCUAACUCGGAUACGGUUAUGAAUGUGGUUGAUUCUACACAGAGAAAAAAUAGACGACGUAGUUACAAUUCGGCAUCUGAUCAGGACUUAGAUGAAGAGGAAAGCGAGAAACGCAGGCGUUUCUUGGAACGGAAUCGAGCUGCUGCAUUCCGCUCUCGUCAAAAGAGAAAGCGAUGGGUGACGAAUCUGGAAGCCAAGACUAAUGUUAUGAACACAGCAAAUAAAUUACUGCAGAAUGAGGUGAUGUCUUUAAGGAACGAGGUAGCCCAGCUAAAAUUACAACUUUUAGCUCACAAGGACUGCCCUGUGACUCUUGCAAUGUGUCAGCAGCAGCAUGUUACCAUGAACAGUAGCACUGAUGGCUUAGCUCCUGGAGGUAAAUCAAAUGGUGUAACGACCCCAACAUCCGCGAAUUUCAACUCAACUGUUUCGAAUAUAUCAACCUCGCGUCAAAUAAUUAUACUGAAUUCUUCAAAUCAGAAUCCAACACCCUUACCUAUCUUAACAAGGAGUAAACCUACACAUCCUUCACUCAUUAUGGUUCCUAGAGUAGAAAAUAGUGUGGCAAUUGUGCCUCAUCCUUCAGAUUCUGGACAGCAGACCUCUGUUAUCAUGUCAAUUAAAGAUAUUUGAAAAUUGAAACAUUCGGGUUUCCAUAGUUGUUUGGGAAUUUCUCUUCAAAGUGCCCUUUUUGAUUGCCUUUACACUGCAAUUCAACUACUCAAACUGGACAUGUUCAGUUAAAAUGUACAAUUAAAAGCCAAUUUUCCUGUUUUAAUCAACGUAGCCAAAUGAAUGUUACACCGAGUGUAUUUUAUUGACUGUACAUAAAUCUUUUAUCUACCGA